UCGUCAAGGCUCGACUGUGUGUAUUUCGCUGAUGACUAAGUUCAUCGAUGUGGCCUGAGACGUGAAUUUCGCUGCCACUCAGGACCCUGAAGCUUCCAUGUCGUGGUCGUGUCCGCUGCCUGCUCUUUUGUCCCAGACUUGAUGACCCCACGAGUCGCGGUCCCAGGGAGGACGUCAGGUUGAACGCCGAUGGACGGCGUCUCUUGCCAUUUCCCGCAGGCUCGUACCGCAGGCUGUGAUCGGUUUCAGGGGUGCAGUCGGUUAUUGGGGAGUGGGUUUCAGUGCCCAACCGCAAAGUGCAAAGUGUCUAAAAGUUCUGAGCCAAGUGGGUGGUCUCUCGGUCUAGAGCAGUGAGAACUUCUCUUUCAUACCUCCCCAAGUCGAGCCAUGCUUUGGAGGCGAUGCCGGCGUAUGGGUUGCUCUUCAACUUUCCGGUGACGAGUAUCUGUCACCAGAGACACCGGGAGUCGCUUCUUGCCUGGGGAUCGUUCACGAACCCGAUGUCCAGCUUGCGUUCUGCGGUAGGACCUUGGAUUGGCUUGUUGGGCUGUGCCGACGGACUACCACCAGAUUUUGGUUGAUAUCCGUGAACCAGCUAAGCAGGCCGUCUUCGUUUGCAUCGUUCGGCCAUCCUGUCCACCCACUCCUUGUGAAAGAGGGCUACUGCCUUCCUCGCACUUCUGGAAUGUUGCCUGAGACGCUGUAUCAAGACCGACCACACCUCUGAAAUAUGCCUCGUGGAAUCCAGGAUUCCACGGAGCCCGACAAACAUAGUUCCGAGCUCCUCCCUGAGCACAAGGUCCACGUCCUUUCGAUUCUCGGACGAGUGCGCGAAGCCGCUAGUGUUGCGGAGCCAUGGACUUCAUUGGAGAGAGAAUGCUAUCGUUCGGGGCGGCGGAGUGGCUUCGGCGAUGGUGUUGUAGACGUGAUCCCAGAUCAGCGCAUCUUCAUGACAAGUAACAUUCUCCUUUCGACAUCGGGGCACAUUGCUGGUGCGACGCAGAGGGUCAUCAGUACUGAUGUAGACCCCGCUCAAGCUGUCAUCACAUCGGUUAUUGACCAACCCACGGGCUAUCUGCCAUGCUGACGGUAAGCUGCGCUU